CAGAGGAGAGCAAACUCCAGAAGCAGAGUCCUCAAGGGAUGUGUAGGAGUUAGCUGAGACGUCCUACUGGGCCGCUGCCCGUUCUCUUCAACUCAUGCUUGGAUAAGACCACUAAGAAACAGAGGAUGUAGGAUCUCCGCCGAUUUAGACAUCAUGUGACCACAAAGGAGGCGGAACCGUGGAAGGGCAGGAGGCGGGUUUAAUUUUCUUUGGACCAAUCCUGCAUCGUUGAAAGGAGAGGCGGUAUUUUUAUCAUUGGCGUCACCACGGAGUCGUGGUUAGAGUGACAUCAUCUUUUGUUUUGCUGUCGUCUGAACUCCAUUAACGGGAGGAGGGGGCGGUUCCUACGGUGGGCAGGAUGGGCCAGUCCCUGUCCUCCUCCUCCUCCACUUCAGUGGCUGCGGCGAAGGCAAAAGGAAAAGCAAAAUCAGGGGAGAAAGCGGCUCCGAACAGGCGAAUGAAAAUCCGCAGGAUAGGCGUCGAGCACCGGGAUCUGGUGAAGAGCAAAGAGGACGUGGUGGGAGAAGCUAACAAUGGACUCUUGGGGAUGAGGCACGAGGAUCCUUGGUCACGUAAGGUGCAGGUUGAUGGGGACCACGAAUCCGCAGCGAUGGAGAGUGGGAUGAAUGCUGCAGGAGUCGGUGAGGCGAGCUUAUGGCUUCCCUCUCCCGACACCCAAAUCCCUGAACCCACCGAUUCCGUGCAAGCAGACUCAUCUAAUAGCGUGCCGAAAUGUUCAGGCUUUGCUGGAACCAUCCCGAAGCUCAUCAUUACACGGGACUCGGGGGGAGCGCCAGCCGGGGUAAGCAGCCCGGGGGUUGUCCCAGACGAGGAAUCUCCUUGCUCGGACAGUGGCUGCGGAGGUUCACCGGUGCCAUCGCUGCUUUUUAGAAAGCUAUCCAGUUCAUCCUCCGCUGGACUAUCUUCUGCCUCUUCUUUCGAGGAGUCCGAGGACGACAUCGUCGGCAGUGACGCGGAGCCCAACGGCCAGCACGUGAGCUGCGUGCUGGGGAGCCCGGAGGAGCAGGCCGGGAACAAAUCGUGGAAGAAGCUGAAGACCAUGGUGCAGUGGUCACCCUUUGUUGUCUCCUACAAAAAGCGUUACCCCUGGGUGCAGCUUGCAGGACAUGCAGGUAACUUCAAAGCAGGUGAUUUUGGCAAGAUUCUGAAGAAAUACUGCAAAUGUGAACACCUUUGCUUGGAGUCGCUUAUGUCUGACAGCCUUAAGCCUUUUGUGCCCGGCUAUUUCGGAGUAGUCGAGCGAGAUGGGGAGACCUACAACCAGAUGGAAGACCUCCUGGCUGAGUUUGAUUAUCCCUGUAUCAUGGACUGCAAGAUGGGUGUACGAACUUACUUGGAGGAGGAGCUGGUGAAAGCCCGAGAGAAACCCAAGUUGCGAAGAGACAUGUAUGAGAAGAUGGUGGCUGUGGACCCCAAUGCCCCUACUGCUGAGGAGAGGGCCCAGCAGGCUGUGCUCAAGCCACGCUACAUGCAAUGGAGAGAGACCCUCAGCUCCACCGCCACCCUGGGCUUCCGCAUCGAGGGCAUCAGGAAAGCUGAUGGCUCCUGUAACACCAGCUUCAAGAAAACGAAACACAAGGAGCAGGUGAUGAGAACACUGGAAGACUUUGUGGAUGGGAACCACAAUAUCCUAAGAAACUAUCUGGCGAGAUUGAAGGAGCUAAGGGGUGUCCUUGAGUGCUCGGCUUUCUUCAGGACGCAUGAGGUGGUAGGAAGUUCCCUGCUCUUUGUUCACGAUAAGACCGAGCUGGCCAGGGUGUGGAUGAUAGACUUUGGGAAAACGGUCAAGUUACCAGACAACCAGACGCUGGACCACCGGAGCACAUGGGUGGAAGGAAAUCGUGAAGAUGGCUACCUGUGGGGCCUGGACAACCUUAUAGACAUUCUCUCCUCUAUGGUGCCUGAAUGAGAAUGGCCGGCUAGAACUUGAAAGACAUUUUAAUGGACUUCUUUCCAAAGAAGUUACCCCUAAAUAAACAACAAAAACCAGAACACUGCAGGGUCGCGAGACAAAAAUGCUAAAAGCCCUCCAAAGCAGUGUUUAUAAGGACUUCUUCAUGGGAUCUGAGUACGGAGGUGAGAGGGUUGAGUUUUAGAACAUUUUUUACUGUUAUUUUAAAUUGAACAAAGAUCCUCAAGUGGCCUUAAACUGACCUUUUUCUUAUUAGAAAUGAAGGAAAUGUAUUUUUUUAGUUACAAUAUCAACACUUUAAAAACUGUACAGCUUUUUUUUAUGGUAAAUUAUUUAAAAUAAGCAGUAAAUUUGCUUUGUAAAGAA